CAGCGUGUUUAUUCAGUGCUCUGAUUAGUCUUGUGGUUUACUCUUACAACUCUCUACAGUACAGUACAGUUUUCUCUGCCAAGGUUGCCAUUUUGCUUUUAUUUCCCUUUUCAAGACCAACUCUGUUUCAGACUGACCCAUGGAUUUAGUGUGGAUGUUGUGCGCGCUGCUGAGCGCCUGGUGCGUCUCCGCGGAGCGCCACAGCGUCUACUGGAACAGCACCAACUCAAACUUCAUAGGUGAUGACUACACUGUUCAGGUGCACAUCAAUGACUACCUGGACAUCAUCUGCCCGCACUACAAGCGUGGCGAGAUCCCGUCCCAGCUGGCUGAGCGCUACGUCCUUUACAUGGUGGACUUGGAGGACUACGAGGUGUGCAAGCCGCACUCAUUUGAUCAACUGCGUUGGGAGUGCUCCAGGCCCUUCGCCGCCCAUGCACCUGAGAAGUUCUCCGAAAAGUUCCAACGCUUCACACCUUUCACACUGGGCAAGGAGUUCCGCCAAGGAGAGAGCUACUACUACAUCUCCAAGCCUCUGCACCAGCAUGGGAGCGACUGCCUGCGGCUAAAGGUCAAUGUAGUCGGACCUCAUGGUUCCAAAAACCACAAGAAGAUUGCAGAAAAAGAGGAGGAGACGGUGGGAGGAAAGCACAGACAAAUGGGUGCUGGAGGAGUGCACAACCCAUCCAACAGGCUUCCAGCAGAUGAUCCUGGUGCUAUGAGUCCAGUUGUUCAGAAGAGCGUAGGCAGCUCCGCCAUUCACAUCACACCAGUCUCCUUCUUCAUCACACUCGCGUCUCCUGUCUUCCUCCUGCUCUUACACUGAGACCAACGUCAUCUUCAGGGGUCCGUUUGGACUUGAUGAUGAACAGACUUUUUACCAGUGCCGGUUGCUGGAUCUGAAAAUACAGAUACGGAUUUUAUACACAGAUGUUUUUCUAUGGUAAAUGAUGUGAAGCAUGGGUGCUGGUGUUUAAGUUGUUGAGUGACAUGCUUGUGUUUGUGUGAGUGACUGAUAUUUGGAUUUUUUAUCUUUUUAUAUUUGCUCUACAUACUCUUUGUUUUUAAAGAGGAAUAUUAUUAAUGAACAGCUUUCCCUGUGUAAAGAGCACAGAUUGGAGGGCUUCUUUAAGCAGUAGUUGGAAGAUCUCAAUGGACCCAAUGUGUAACUGAUUUUUUUUUUUUUAUUAGUGUCAUAUACACACACAGUACAUGUAAAAAUAGUUCUCAAAAUCCGUGAACUAGCAAAUAUGCUGGUAUUCUCAACUAUGUCCUGUUAUUGGACCGCCGAGGAAAAAACUUGUGCAUGUCUUCAUGUAUGUGCAACCUGAAAUGUAGCCAGUUGCUUGUGUUUUUCCAAGUUUACUGUGGGUUGUUUUUUUUUUUGCAUCAAAGCCGACAAGGUGGUUUAUGUAAUGAAGCACUAUAUAUAAUUUGACCGGCACUAAAUCUGUUGUAUACAUGCAAACUGACAAAUGUACAUCUACACAUGGAUGUGCAGUUGUAGUGUGUGUGUGUGUGUGUGUGUGUGUGUGUGUGUGUGUGUGAGAGAGGGAGGAGCUGGUCUUCUCUGACUUUAGAAAGCUCAGUACAACUGUGCACACACACACACACACACACACACACACACACACACACACACACACUUAUGGAUGCAGGGAUAUGUGGACCUCUUCAAGUUCACAAGACAAGCUGUGUGUUUCUGUUUCUCUGUAAAUAAUUGUGUAAAAAUUGUACAUAGAGAGUUAUAUAAUGCAUUUUGUUAAUUAUGAGAAUGUGUGAAAAUCUGAAAGAAAAUAAACAUUGUGAUACGUAAAAAAAA